AUUCCAAUUGUAAGCUUCUGACCAUAUUUGAUUUUUCAGUGGCCGAAACCGAAGCGCACGGCAAGACGGAAGUUCCAUCUGUUGAAUGUGGAAGUCAAUUCUCCAUCUCCGAUUUUCAGCUCCUCGGUGAUCCGGAGAAGGAUUUUCCGACGUCGACGCCGCCGGUGAAUUGUGCUCCUUCUGCAGAAGCGCCAGUUGAAGCUCUUCUCUGCAAUUCGGGAGGAUUCUGAAAUGUUUUCUUUAACUUAUUCUCACUGAAAAAGCUGACGCGAUCUGUACAUGAUGAACGCCGGAUAUGAUAUUAAUGAUCUUUAUCGAGAAGCACAAUCCCGUUGGCUGAAGCCUCCAGAAGUGCUCUUUAUUUUACAGAAUCAUGAGAAAUAUCAGCUGACUGAGGAGGCCCCUAAACAGCCAACUAGUGGUUCCUUGUUUCUUUUUAACAAGAGAGUACUCCGUUUCUUCCGUAGAGAUGGUCAUAGCUGGAGGAAAAAAAGGGACGGAAGAACUGUUGGAGAAGCACAUGAACGACUUAAGGUUGGAAAUGCUGAGGCGUUAAAUUGCUAUUAUGCACAUGGAGAAUACAACCCCAAUUUCCAGAGACGUAGCUAUUGGAUGCUGGAUCAGUCAUGUGACCACAUUGUUCUUGUACACUACAGAGAUAUCAGUGAGGGAAGGUCUGGGACGGAAAGUGUUCCACAAUUGUCUCCAGCAUCAGUUUCUACUUCUGGUUCCUAUUCGUCCCAAAAUCUUGGUCCGGAAUAUCAACUGACUUCAUUGAGCCCAGGGUCUGUAGAAGUUACUUCAGACACUGGCAACCAUACUAUUUGGUCAAAUGGCGUGGAUGGACAGUAUGAAGUAUCAGAAUUUAAAAGUUCAAACGAUCGUGAUGUUUCUCAAGCUUUGAGAAGGAUAGAGGAGCAGUUAAGUUUGAAUGAAGACAGCUUGAAAGACAUUGGUCCAUUUUAUGGUGAUGAGGAAGGUUCAAAUUCUAACCUUAUAGACUACUAUGAGAUGUCCAAUGAGGAUCACUUUUCAGUGCUUCAACAUUCAGAAAAUGCUGUCCAUGAUAAUACUUAUACAUCGUUUGAGAUGCAAGCUUUUCCUAUGCUAGGAAGCUGCACUUCUACAGAAUAUUCUUCACCACUAGACACUCAGGAUGUUAAUUCCAAAUACAACAUACCAUUUCUUAAACAAGAACAAGGAAAUUCGUUUGAAGUUGAUACCAGUUUAAUUGUUGCACAAGUGCAGAAAUUUACAAUCCGCCAAAUAGUACCUGAGCAGGGUUCUGCCACUGAGAGUACCAAGGUCAUCAUUAUUGGAUCUUUUCUAUGUGAUCCUUCAGAAUCUCCAUGGGCUUGUAUGUUUGGAGAUAUUGAAGUUCCUCUUCAGAUUGUUCAAGAUGGGGUACUUUGUUGCGAAGCACCGCCACACCUUGCUGGGAAGGUUGCUUUCUGCAUUACAUCUGGCAAUCAGGAACCCUGCAGUGAAGUCAGAGAGUUUGAAUAUAAAAUGAAUGUUUGCAGUCAUUGCCAGUCACAUUCAACUGGAGCUACGAAGAGUCGAGAGGAGCUGUUAUUACUUGUCAGGCUUGUGCAAUUGCUGCUCUCUGACUCAUCAAUGCAGAAAUCUGACAAGUUAGAUUCUGAAGUUAGGAGCAAUAAUUUGAGAGCUGGUGAUGAUGAAUGGAGUUCUUUGAUAGAGGCUCUACUAGUUGGUAGUGAAACUCCUUCUGGUACCAUCGAUUGGCUUCUUCAAGAGUUGCUAAAAGACAAGUUGCGACUCUGGCUUUCUUGGCAACAGAAUGAUAGGCAUGAUCUAGCAGGCUGUUCCUUGUCCAAGAAAGAACAAGGCGUUAUACACAUGAUUGCUGGCUUGGGCUAUGUGUGGGCACUAAACCCGAUUCUCAGUUGUGGAGUAAAUAUAAAUUUCCGUGACAUUAAUGGAUGGACUGCUCUACACUGGGCAGCACGAUUUGGAAGGGAAAAAAUGGUUGCUGCACUAAUAGCCUCUGGAGCAUCAGCUGGUGCUGUGACUGAUCCUAGUUCACAAGAUCCAGAUGGUAAAACUGCAGGGUCUAUUGCAGACAUCCAUGGACACAAGGGACUUGCUGGUUAUUUAUCAGAAGUUGCACUUACUAGUCAUCUUUCAUCCCUCACAUUUGAAGAAAGUGAGCUUUCCAAAGGCUCUGCUGAGUUAGAAGCAGAAAUGACAGUAAAUUGCAUUUCAAAUGGGAACCUCUCUUCCGCUGAGGACUAUAUCCCUCUAAAAAAUACGUUAGCUGCAGUCAGGAAUGCUGCUCAGGCAGCAGCCCGUAUUCAAUCUGCUUUCCGUGCACAUUCUUUCAGGAAACGACAGCAGAAGGAGGCAGCUUUUGCAGCUUGUAUAGAUGAGUAUGGAAUCGAUCCAAAUGACAUACAUGGGCUCUUAGCUAUGUCAAAGUUAAAUUUUUCUAAUCGGCGUGAUUAUAAUGCUGCUGCAUUAUCUAUACAAAAGAAGUAUCGAGGUUGGAAAGGCCGUAAAGAGUUUUUAUCACUACGUCAGAAAGUCGUGAAGAUACAGGCACAUGUGAGGGGAUAUCAAGUUAGAAAGCAUUACAAAAUAAUUUGUUGGGCUGUUGGAAUUCUUGAUAAAGUUGUAUUGCGUUGGAGAAGGAAAGGAGUUGGUUUGAGAGGGUUUCGUAGUGAAAUAGGAUCCAUGGAUGAAAGUGAAGAUGACGAUAUUAUAAAGGUGUUUCGAAAACAAAAAGUGGAAGGAACCAUUGAUGAGGCUGUUUCUCGAGUGCUGUCCAUGGUUGACUCUCCGGAUGCUCGUCAGCAAUAUCAUCGUAUGCUUGAAGGAUUUCGAGAAGCCAAGGCUGAACUCGAUGGUGCUGGUAACAAAUCUGCAGCAUCGACUUCUCUUACCAAUGUUUCUGGAAUGGAAGAUUGUAAUCAAUAUCCUAAGUUUGCAUAGGAGCUACUUGGUGAUCCUAAUUAACCUAACAUUCACUGAUUUUAUCUCUCUGUGCUAAUUACCCCUAGUGGUUAUAAUUUGUAAGCAAAUGUUUACUUCAUAUCGUCUCUGUAAAUGAUUUGUAUUAUUGCUGUAAAUGGCUUGGUUGUAACUACAUAAUUAGAUUGAUGCAAUUAAAUUAAUCCCUAAGAGCAUAUUCUCUUUUUUGUUUUU